UCAACUCUAUUUCAGUUCUAGAUUGGCUAUCUAACUAUAAAAGUUACUCAUUAAUCUUAGGCACUGGCUAGAGUAUAGUUCUGGGAUAAGGAACUGAAAAUCUUCAAGAAAUCUCUCCAGUUUUGUGUGGGUAGGAUCUUCAGAGACGUCCUACCUUUUGGAGCAGCUGUUGUUGAAGAAAAGUGGUGAGACAGGCUCUAGGACUACAUGUCCCAUUAGGAAACUUUACCAGAAUUAGACACACCUGCUGGUUUACCAGUUUCUGACUUCCUGCUCAGCUAAAAAGACUUGUUUUGUGAAAAAGCAAAACUCAGCAGCAAACAUCUAAAAUGAAGAGCCCUCAAACUUUUGAGGAGCAAACGGAAUGCAUUGUGAAUUCUCUACUCGCAGACUUCUUAGGCACCACGUUACAGGUUGCUAACCGGGAGCUACGUGGUGUAGACGUACCAGAUUCAGGAGAGGAGUGCUCUUUUGACGUGGCCAUCAUUGCUGGCCGCCUGCGGAUGUUGGGUGAUGAGUUCAAUGGAGAAUUGGAAGCUUCUGCCAAAAAUGUCAUUGCAGAAACCAUUCGGGGACAGGCAGGAGCCAUACUUCAGGACACAGUAAAAUCUCUCAGCCAAACCUGGUGUGCUCAGGAUUCUAGUUUAGCUUAUGAGAGAGCCUUUCUGGCAGUAUCAGUGAAACUUCUGGAAUAUGUGGCCCACGUGGCCCCUGAAAUGGCAAGACAGGUGGCUAUCCCCAUGACAAAUAUGAUCAAUGGGAACAGCGCCGUCCGGGAGUUCAUCCAGGGCCAGGGAGGUUGGGAAAAUCUGGAGAGCUGAAGGAGAGGUGGAACUGUUUACCAGCCUGAACACUGCUUCCUCUUUGACUGAUCGGGUGAUUGAUUUCUGGCAGUUAAAACAGACAGAACAACCAAAUCAAAAACCACUUUCUUUUGGACAGAACUAAACUUAGCUGAAUAAUUUAUUUUCUACUCAUUGUUAAAGUUGGGAGCAGCUCCCAGAGGUCUAUUGAGAUUUUAUACUUUCUGUUUUUAUGUGAGUUUUAAUGAGGUUCUGUUGAAGCAAAGACGUCCAGACACAAAAUAAUGACUUGUUAGUAGUGGAAUUCCAGGCAACUGGGCAGGCCUUUACUGGAGAUAUUUUGGAGAAAAGGGAGCAUACAGUAAACUAUUCCUUCAGAUUUAGCCUCGUCCUUUGGUAAAGAUCUCGUCUGCUAACUUUGUGGUCUAAAGGAUUUCAGGGAGAUUUUUGGUUGGAAAAUCUUAUUUUAAGUUGAGGAUUUUCUUUUAAAUUCAAAACCUGAAUUUCAUGUUAAUUUCACCUGAGCAGAAUUAUUUUAUGCAUUUUCAAGUUGGAAGCAAAAAAUAGCAGUUUGUUCAUGUGCUCUUCUACCAGAAGGGCCAAAGAAAAAUCAAACAGUUACUGCAUUUUUACUGCCACAGGAUGCAGGAAGUGCUGACCCACAUAGACAACAGUAGAGCCCAUCCCAGCUUAGAUGAAGUGAGCUGCAUACCACAGCGUUUUUCAAAGUGUGGUUCGCAUACCACUUGUGGACAUUAUAAAUUGCUGAUUUCCAGUCUCCAUUCCCAGAGAUUCUGAUUCUGUAGGGGUGACCUGGGGCCCAGGAUCAAAUCUUUCUAACCAGUUCCACAGGUGAUUCUGAUGUACGUAUACAGAGUUUGAGAACUAUCACUUUAGAGCACGGGUUGGAAAAUUACAACCCACAGAUCAAAUCCGGCCUGCUGCUUUUUUGGUGUGAUAAAGUUUUAUUGGAAUGCAGCUACACUUAUUUGUUUGCAUAUUGUCUAUGUCUGUUUCAGCACUGCAACAGCAGAGUUGAGUAGUUACAGCAGACACCAUACGGCCAUAAAGCUGAAGAUAUUUACUAUCUGGACCUUUACAGAAAAAGUUUGCAAACUCUUGCUCUAAAGCUAAAUGAACAUUUCUCCUUAAAUAAUUUAAACUCUGUUGCAAUCCUGAUCAUUCCUGCCAAACACAAUUGUAGAUAGAAUAACUGUUUUUUCAGAAUUUAGUCUGAGAAUGUUAGUUCUUGUAUAGUCCACACUUUCUCUAGGACCUUUGGCAAAUCAAAGAGUGCUGUGACUCCUGAGUGGUCAAUAGAAGAUAUACAUUUCCUUGGCCCUACCACAAGUGAUUGAAAGUGAAGCAUAUGGUUCUAUAGUCUGCGUAUCUCAUAAUAGUCCUUAGUAAUCUCAUGCAUUAGGAGGCAAUCAUCAAGUAGAGACUCUUUCAUCCAUAAGCCCCCAAACCAAACUACUUACCUGAUUGUCAAGAAGAAAAGCAUUGCUGUAUCUAUUUUUGAAGAGAGGCAUUAGUGGCUUUGGCUAAAGUUUAACAAAGCUAACCACAUCCCCUCCCUUCAGCCAGCCAGCCAUCUGAUUCCCCUAAAUGCGUAGAAAUAAAGAUGUAGUGCUGCAAAUGUAUUUUGACUUUUUCAAGUUAUGCUGUUUCCUCUAUUCUUGGAUAAAUCAUAGUAGGUUAAUAAUACAGAAAUGAGAUUGCAUAUUUCUCUUUAGUAGAAAUUAGCAAAAUUAGCUUUUUUUGCUACAACUUAAGACACUUGAUGUAUUCCUCUGUGUUUUAUGUUACUGUAAACUCAACAUACGGUGAGUUUUGUGGUAUUUGACCUGUUAGGCAAAAUCACUAUUUUCACUUUGACUGACAUUUAUAAUGUUCUGUUCAUGAAAUAAAAUUCUUCUGUCUAUUCCUUUGAA